CUCUGCAGGGCCUGGGUGACCAGGGCAUCGGGGGCUGUGCCGCGCGGUGUGGACGAGCCGGGCGCGUCUGGCAGGCAGCCUCGUUUUGCCGGACGAAUGCGAGACCCAGGGAGGGGACCGGGAGGAGGUCCCUCUGGAGGCAUUCAGCGUGUUUACUGAGUGCUUAGCGUGUGUGCCUCUUGCUGUACCGAACGCUGUAGACGCACGAUUUUACUCCUCAACAAUGUUACCACGGAAUUAAUUUGAUAGCGCCUAUCGAUGGCUCUAACAAAGUCAUCACUGUCGCUGGAGUCCAGUGAGAGUGACUCUGAAGAGUUGCCAACGUUUGCCUUUCUGAAGCAGGAAGCGUCUUCAACGAAGAGGAGGCAGCCUCAGAGGGAGAAGAUUGUUGUGGUUGACACCUCGGAUUCUGAGGCCUCCCGUCCUCCAUCACCAAAGUUGAAAGAUACACCACCUGUCCCAGACAUAGCGGAACCUGUCCCACAAACGGAGCCAGUCAGGGUGCUAAGCAGUGGAAGUGAGGAUGAGGAAGAAUUAAUCCCCCUGGCCCAGAGGCUUACAUGUAAGUUUCUGACCCGCAAGCAGCUGAGCCCUGAGGACGCUAGCUCCCCGAUUCAAACUGUGUGGGGUCAUCGGAGUACUGAAGGAGCAUCAUGCGGCUGGGAAAAACAGUCCUUUCCAAAGGUCCCUGAUGCCUCCUUCCGUGACACCUCAGAGAGACGUUCAUCAAGUAACAGGGACCCUGUGGGAGACCGUCUGUGCCAUCAGCUUCCAGCCUUCCAAGCCACCUGCCCUGUGCAGAGCGACAGCUUGACAGCGACCAAAACAAAUGCUGAAGCCCCCCCACUUCAGAAGAGAACCAAGCAUAGUCAGAAGGUCCAGAGGAGAGGCUCACGGGGAUGCCAGCCGCGGGGACAAGCAAGCCGGAAGGAGAGCACCCUGAGACAACAGGAAAGGCAGAAGAAGGCGGCCCUGGUGAAUAGGCUGAAAGCGCAGAGGCCCGAGGAAUGCUUAAGGCACAUCAUCGUGGGGCUGGAUCCAGUGCUCUUACAGCUGGAAGGCGGAGGCCAGCUCCUCGGGGCGCUGCAGUCCAUGGAGUGCCGCUGCGUGAUUGAGGCACAGGCCGUGCCUUGCAGCAUCACGUGGAGGAGAAGGGCCGGGCUAGCUGAGGAUGGAGAGGAAGGCUGGGUGGAGGAACCGAUGGUCCUGGUGCUGCUCCUGGCAGAGGCGUUUGUGUCCAUGGUCUACAAGUUCAAGCAGGGAAGCCUGGGUGACUCUGAGAAAGGGAAGGAAACACUCCGGAGCUUCGUAACUGACACCGCAGCGAGGACAGCUGGGAAGGCUCUGUCCCUGGUGAUUGUGGACCAGGAGAAAUGCUUCAGCGCUCCCCAUCUUCCGAGAAGAAGGAAACGGGGAGUGGCAAACAGAGAACAGGCCAAGGAGAAGAAGCGGAGACAACCAGAGGCCAGCGCAGGGCAAAUGGUGUCCAGGGUAGACGUGGAAGAGGCAUUGGUGGAUCUGCAGCUAUACACCGAAGCCCAGGCCCGAAUCGUGCAGAGCUGGAAAGAGCUGGCCGACUUCGCCUGCGCAUUUACAAAGGCUGUGGCCGAGGCGCCCUUCAAGAAGCUUCGAGAUCAAACCAGUUUCUCUUUCUGCCUGGAGAGUGACUGGGCGGGAGGGGCAAAGGUUGACCGAGCUGGCAGGGGGCUCGCGCUGGUCUGGAGGAGACAGAUUCAGCAGCUGAACAGAGUCAGCCUGGACAUGGCCAGUGCCAUUGUGGACACCUAUCCCUCCCCGCAGCGUCUGGUCCAGGCUUACAGGCGGUGUUUUUCGGAGCAAGAGCGCCAGAAUUUGCUUGCGGACAUACAGGUUCGCCGUGGGGAAGGUGUGACCUCCACCUCCCGCCGUGUUGGACCAGAGCUCUCCAGGCGGAUCUACCUUCAGAUGACCACUCUGCAGCCAGCUCUCUCUUUAGACAGUGCAGACUGACGCCAGCCCUCGGGGACAAGGAUGACAAACGAGGUUUGCAUCUCCUCCGCCUUUGGCCACAGGAAGAGACUGGACGCGCCUCCUUGAAGCACAAGCCUGGGUCGGACCACAGGCUGUUCCCUGGGCACCCUUAUCUGCAGAAGUCUCCCUGUCAGCUUGGGACAGAUGGCUGAGAUACUUGUGUUUACCUUCACAAGCCUUUAAUUUUCCUCUCCUAGCAAAAACCCAGCUGCCGUGCACAAAUCACCCCUCCCCCCUCCCCCAGCCAGCCCUCAACCCUCAAAACACAAAGAAACAAAGACAGACCACUCAGACACAUAUUUAAUAAUUGUAGAAAUCCAGAAGAACCUCAGCAUCAAAUCUCGAGAUCAUGAGCGAACUUCCCUCAGCGGGUUGACUUGACUAGGGCCAGGUGUGCCCUGCCUUCCUACACCCACUGAAGCCGCCUCAACCAGCCCCUGCGUGGGGACUUCCAUAUCCUCUUAAUCUCAUGUCACGUACUGUUUAGUUUCAAUAAAGCAUUUGUACCUAUGGC